AUGUUUGACUGGCUGAAACGUCUAAUCUUCGCAUCCUCCGAGACCGAAGGGAUAAUAUCUCACUCCGAGAGCCAAUAUGCUGAACUCCAACAAACAAAGGCAGAUCCCGAUAGCAAGAAGGCGAAGAAGAAACUCGCUAAAGAGCACAGUCGGCGGCAACGGGCUCGUGAGCGCCAAUUGACGCGUGAAUUUAAUAAUCAGGAUAGGAUAUGGGUUAUGAGAGGCGGCUUUGGGGGUGCUGGGGGGAGCUUGAUGCUAAAGCUGGCGGACGCUAGAAUACUUGGCCAGGAGAUACUAGAAGAAAAUGAUUUACCCGUUGGCAAUGAAAUCUUCUAUGGCGCAUCUACACGGGGUGUGUGGUCCAUCGGAUCAGAUGUAAUUCUGAAAGACCGGCCCGACGAAGGUCCGAAAGCAAGAGUUGAAGUUAAAACAUUGAACUAUUUAGCGACCCAUACCGACAUUCCCAUCCCGAAGGUUUUACGUGACUGGGUCGAUCGAGACGGGCGGUACUUCGUUUUGAACGAACGCAUUGGUGGUCAGAAGCUCGAGGAGGCAUGGAAUUCUUUGUCAGAGCGCCAAAAAAUAGAUGUCGCGGAUCAAGUCGUGAAAGUGAGAAAGCAGCUUCGGUCAGUCCCCCCCAUGCUGUCCCGUUAUGAUGACUCCUGA